AUUACUAGGAUAUUUUUUGCGUCUUUUAUAAUGCUUGUCUCCUCCACUUGAGGACUAUAUUAACUAAACCCCAUCUUUGCCUCUCUUCUACAAAUUCAAAGCCUAUAAGCAAACUCUUCCAUUUCUUGCACUUUUUCUUGGUUUGUACACAGUAUCGGACUCACUAAGAGAGGAAACCAAUCAAUGGAACCAGAGGAGAAUAGCACGUGCCAGACUUGCAAAACUUUUGGGCAAAAGUGCAGCCAUGUCGUGAAGAAACAAAGAACCAAGUUUUAUAUCAUUCGCCGUUGUAUCGCUAUGUUAAUCUGCUGGCGCGACAACAACAGCGACCGCAACGCCUCUUGAUUGCUCUAAACGUAUAGUUAUUAUGUUACCAUCUUAAUUCCAAGUCGCAUAAUGCAUGGUAAACUGUUUUUUUAUUUGUUAUCCUGUAUUCUCAUCUUGAUAUUUUUAAAAUAAUAUAUAUGCAUAUCAAUGUGCUACAUAAAAUGCAAAGGUUAAAAUUGUGUGUUUGUUUUAUUGAUUUCAGUGUGUAGCUUUUGAAUAUUGGUUGUAAAUUUUUGUUUGGUUGCUUUGAAUUCGUGAUUACAAGUGUAACUUCAGUUUACGUUCUAUUAAUCUGAGAUGAAUUAAAUAAAUAUGGCUAACACAUCUAGUUUUAAGCAGUUGUAUAUGAUGAUCAGAUCUGAGUUACGUUUAAGCAAGACACUCUAUCUUAUAGAGAAAACAAUACUUUUUUUUGAAAGCUGAGAAAACAAUACUUGCAAGGUAUAAACUGGAACUGUUGUACUUGUAUGUAUUGGUAACGGUUGAUCUUGAAUCGGGAAUUUCCAAAACAAAUCUUUAGUCACGUAUUGCAAGGAUAACCUUUGAAUCAUGAAAACAUACAAUCCUACUCUCCAUGUCUUAACAUUUGUUACAAAGUAACUCUGCAUAUGUAGAAAUAUAUGAUACCGUAAUAGAAAGCGAAGUUUGUUUUGAGUAUAAUUUUUUCAAAAAUAUAAUGUUAUGAGAAGGCAAAAUAGAAUCCAUGAAUACACAUUAGAUCAUGAAAUAAAUCACCAAAUGCCCCAAUUCAUAAAUUUAAAUUCCAAACAAAAAAUCACAUUAAAAUGAUUAGUAAAAAUUCUCUUCUAGUAUUUUACAUCCUUACCACCAUCACUGCAGUUGUCACCAACAACCAUUGUCAUAGCCUUUGUAUAGUCGUCGCGGUGAUUGUGGCCAUCAUAACAUAAUAUGGUUGCAGAUUACCACAACCACCAUGAUCGUACAAUGCCUAAUAUUUGAUGUGGUUGCAGUGCUUUUUCUAUAUAAUAUUUCGGUUAACAAUUAUAAUGUGUUGCAAUAUUUUAAUAAAGUGAGGGUUGUUUUGCAUUACUCUCGUAAAUCAAGAUUCUUUUUAACCACAUGAUGGUUGUAUACUUGCAGACGAAAUUUAGAUUGCUAAGCAAUGUAGGAUUUGAAAGCUCCUUAAUACACUUUAUUGUGUGACUAUGCAGAUAUAGCUCAGAUUGUUUACAGACAUUUGAAAAUCCGAAAAAAUGGUCAGUGGAAUGUAUUUUUAUUUGAAAAUUAAUGCAAACUCUUUCAUACAACCAGGAUACUCCAGAUUAAUUAAAAAUGUAGUCUUGGAAAAUUGAAUAAUUGGUCAACAAAACCCAAGGGAAACCAAUGCUAUUUUCUUCUAAAAUAACAUACCUGCCUGAAGCCCUGAAAUACUUGAAAUAGAUGAAACGUGGAAAAUUUCUGGCCUUUUGUAUUUUAAAAAACUAAUUUCGUUGUUUUAAAGUUGAGGAUUUAUAUUAUAUAAAUGUUUCUAUGUUAAAUAUAUCACUGAAUGAAAACAAAAAUAGACACUGUCUUGUAUCCUAAAGAUAGAUAUUUCUCUGCUUCAUAAUGUAACACAUCAUCAAAUUUGGAGUCGCAGACUGCGUCUCUUCUGCUAGGUGAUGUAACACAUCUUUUUUUUUAACUAGGUGAUAUUCUUUGACUAUAUUCUUGUCCUUUUCUUUAUGAAAACUUGUACAGAACUUCCUUUACCCAGUAGCUAGAUAUGAAUUUUCCUUCUAUAAAUAGUUUUAAAUGAAAACAAUGUAUAGACUCGUAGAUGUUCUUUUGCUUAAAUUUCUUCUUACUGAUUUAGUAAACCGUUAUUGUCACUUGUCGAUAAAAUACUUGUCAGUAAUACACUAAAUCGGGUUGAUACUGACUACCCAUUUGGAUUAUGACAUGUGAAAAGUAUCAAAUUUUACCUUGGAUUUUUAAUAAUCAGAAUAUCACAUGAAGGUUUGAAUUUGGAUUAUGCACAACAAUAUUACUAUAACCCACUAGACUAAUCAUCUUGAACUUAAAGCAUAAAUAUAUAUAAUAAAAUACAUGAAAGAAAUCCAAAAGUCAUAUGAACAUGCACUCAUAAGAGCAGACCCAUAGCUGAGAAACUCAAUUACAGUUUCUCAAAUGUAAUGUAUUAUUAUUAGACUUAUAUGAAAUAAUUAAAGUUUAAUUGAAAAAAAAAUACUCAAAAUGAGAAAUGUGGCUAAAGGAAGUUCUGGAUAAGUUUUCAUAGUUUCUCACUGAGAUACUUGUUUUUUUUUUUCUUUCUUUCUUCUACUUUAUAUUUUGAUUAUUGGUUUUUUUUUUUUGUUAGAUACUGGGUAAAACCACACUAAUGAGCAUAUUUUAAGGGUUGAAAAUAUGCAAUUUUGUUCAUAUAUCUGCAUCUACAACAUCCAUGCAUAUACAUAUUAAUGACUUCAAUAACAAUACGAUAUACCUUGAAUCUGAUCUGAUAGCAUCAACUAUGUUUAUUUGGCCUAAGACCUCAAGUCCAUUAAUGAUAUGGUUUUAUAACGUACAAUACUCUUAUAUAUAUUGUGAUUUUUUAAUUAUCUGAUAUCACUUGCAAUAAUAUUUUUUGGUCUGUGGAUAUAGCCUUCAGUGAACCAUAUUAAUUUUCUGUAUCGUUUUUAUCAAGCGGAUCACCACAUUUCGAGAUUAAUUGAGGUUAAGAAGUUAUUCUCAAUCACUGUUUUUUUACACGCAUUCACCUUAUAUAAAAGUCAGUCUUAAGUGAUGUCGACCAAAAAGCAAAGUAAGUGAUAACAUCACUCUAUUAAUCGAGGUUAGGAUUAAGGAAAUCAAAUCACACUCAAUGACUGUUUUUUAUAAGACAACCGAAGUGAUGCUGACAUGGAUAAAAGCAGCUAAGCGAUAAUAUUACUCUCUGCUAAUGGACGUUAAGAAAGUACUCUGCAGAACUGUUUUUAUCACACGCUUACACAUCAUUUAGUGCGGCUGCAAGUUCAGAGUAUACUGAAAUUUUCCAGCCAUAGAAAAGGAAAUGAUAGUGGAGUAACAUAGACUGACGCAGCGUAGGAAGUUCAGUACGACCUAUAAAAGCCCGACCCACGUGAUCUUAGUCAAGAUCAGUCUAAGAUUUUUGACUAGUAGGUGAAAGAGAGAUGUAGACAUUCGUUGUUUUGAUUGCAUUACGAUGCCUGUUUGAAAAAAUAUAUAUUUUCAAAUGUACUUAUGAUUUAGGGGUAAUCAUGCAUGGUUAUCUCAUAUCUCUAUGAGAUUAUUUACUUUUGUAGAUAUGUUUCUUUUCUUUGCCAGAUCUUGUAGACCUUUAGCACUAAAAGGAAGAUUUUUGAUUUUUCACUUAAUAUCUAGAAUCACUAAUGGUCUUAUCUUAUGAAGCAAGUUCUCCAGGAUUCAGAAAGUCAACAUAACUCGAUUUCUGAUUACAAGAAUAGAUGAAAACUUGACCUAAGAAAAUGAACUAGUGUCCUAGUAGCAACUAAAAGAUUUUGAACAUGAAGUAACACGAGAACUCAUUUGCUUAUUACUAAUACAAAAGUGGAUGUGUGUAAACGGUUUUUGUUUCCGGUUCAUUUUUCUCAUUGUCUGUAAUAACACUAAACCAUCAAUGUCCAAACGUUUUUGGGUUUCUAUUUUCAUGUUAGUUUGCUCUUCCAUUACUUCUAUUUAC